UGAAUAGAGUUUGGGUGCUCAAUGUGAGAGAGGGGCGGCUGGGGGAGAGUGGCGGGGAGGGUGGCACUGGCCGCGUCUCCCUCUUUUCCAGGAUGCCACAUUAAUUCCUAUUAUUAUUAUUAUCAUUACUAUCAUUCCACCCUCUCUCCUUCCUUCCUUCGCUCCCUCCUCUUUUUGUUUCCUCCCCUGCCUGCGGUGCCGUCCAGCGCCCUGCCAGCGCCAACUUCCAAACGCGGAACAGGAGGAGGAGGAGGAGGAGAGCGCCUUUGGACGGCCGGAGAAGCGGCGGAAAGUCAAGGGGUCCCUCUGGUGCCUCACUUCUUGCCUCCCUCCCGCUUGGGCAUCGCUCGCCUCUAUGGAUUGGCGGAGAGAUCUCCUCGGGUCCUGACUCCCGAACCCAGGGUCGCCACGCUGCCUGCGCCGGGGGGCGGGAGGCCGGGUGGACGGCAGGGAGAGCCAGGCCCGAAGGGGCUGCCCCUGAGCGGGCCCCGCGCCCCGUCCUCUUCGCCCGCGGAGUGGGACGCCCGCAAGGGCUCCGCGCAGCCCCGCCGCCCAGCUGAGAAGACACAGGCCCUCCCCUCUCCGCUGGGGAGACCCUCCAAGAGGCCAGCGCCCGCCCCGUCUGGGAUCCCCACCGGAAAGAUUGCUUAAUAGUUCUGCCUGGAAUUGGAAUCUGCAGCUCUCCCCACCAUGCCCUUGGUUGGCUUUUUGCUUUGGGCCAUCCUGCUGAUCGUGGGCUGGUGGCCAUCCUACUCCAAGGAUUACCUGUUUGCUACUCCGAGGGUGCAGCUCACUUUCAAAGAGCUGAAGGCCACCGGCACUGCCCAUUUCUUCAAUUUCCUGCUCAACUCAACAGACUAUCGCAUCCUGCUAAAGGAUGAAGAUCAUGACCGCAUGUAUGUGGGAAGCAAGGACUACAUCCUUUCACUGGAUCUCCAUGAUAUCAACAGGGAGCCCCUGAUAAUCCACUGGCCUGCAUCUCAGCAAAGGAUAGACGAGUGUGUCUUGUCAGGGAAGAACAUUAAUGGCGAGUGUGGGAACUUCAUUCGUCUUAUCCAGCCAUGGAAUCGAACCCACUUGUAUGUUUGUGGUACUGGAGCAUACAACCCUGUCUGCACCUUUGUCAACCGGGGCCGCAAAGCACAGGCUUUUGAGCUGAACCAGUCCAUCCAGCAGGGAGGACGGGGAAGUAGAGCAGUUGACUCCUCCCUCCACCCGUCUCCAGUGGAACGCAAGGAUUACAUAUUCUACCUGGAACCAGAAAGGCUGGAAUCAGGAAAAGGGAAAUGCUCAUAUGAUCCGAAGGUGGACACUGUAUCAGCGUUAAUCAACGAAGAACUCUAUGCUGGUGUCUACAUUGAUUUCAUGGGCACAGAUGCUGCCAUCUUCCGCACCAUGGGCAAACAAACUGCCAUGAGGACGGACCAGUAUAAUUCCCGUUGGCUAAAUGAUCCAGCAUUUGUCCAUGCACAGCUCAUCCCAGACAGUGCAGAGCGAAAUGACGACAAACUCUAUUUCUUCUUUCGAGAGAAGUCCACCGAUUCGCCACAGAGCCCUGUGGUCUACUCUCGCAUCGGUCGCAUUUGCCUGAAUGAUGAUGGAGGGCACUGCUGUCUGGUGAAUAAAUGGAGCACGUUCCUGAAAGCACGACUCAUUUGUUCUGUUCCAGGGCCUGAUGGGAUUGAAACUCACUUUGAUGAACUCCAGGAUGUCUUUGUCCAGCAGACCCAGGAUGGGAAGAACCCCAUCAUUUAUGCUGCUUUUGCUGCAUCUGGAUCUGUUUUUAAGGGCUCUGCAGUGUGUGUCUAUUCAAUGGCUGACAUCCGCAUGGUCUUCAAUGGACCUUUUGCUCACAAGGAAGGUCCCAACUACCAGUGGAUGCCCUACACUGGCAAAAUGCCCUAUCCUCGUCCAGGAACAUGUCCAGGAGGAACAUUCACACCCUCAAUGAAAUCUACGAAGGACUAUCCUGAUGAGGUUAUCAAUUUCAUGCGCACUCAUCCCAUGAUGUACAAUGGUGUGUACCCCAUACACCGCCAGCCGCUAGUAGUGAGGACCAACGUCAACUACAAGUUCACAACUAUUGCCGUGGACCAGGUGGAUGCAGCUGAUGGGCGCUAUGAGGUGCUUUUCCUGGGCACAGAUCAUGGUACAGUCCAGAAAGUAAUAGUCUUGCCUAAAGAUGAUAUGGAAACAGAAGAACUGAUGCUAGAAGAAGUGGAAGUGUUCAAGGUUCCAGCCCCCAUCAAGACCAUGACCAUCUCUUCCAAAAGACAACAGCUCUAUGUUUCUUCAACCAUUGGACUUACACACUUGGCCCUUCACCGCUGUGAUGUGUACGGAGAGGCCUGUGCUGACUGCUGCCUUGCCAGGGACCCCUACUGUGCCUGGGAUGGCAAGUCCUGUUCACGUUACUCUGCUUCCUCCAAGAGGCGGAGCAGGCGCCAGGAUGUCCGGCAUGGCAACCCCAUUCGUCAGUGCAGGGGUUACAACUCCAACGCCAGCAAGAACACAGUAGAGGCUGUCCAAUAUGGUGUAGAGGGAAGCACAGCCUUUCUAGAGUGUCAGCCUCGCUCGCCUCAGGCCACCAUCAAGUGGCUCCUCCAAAAGGACAACAGUGACCGAAGGAAAGAGCUGCGCACAGAAGGCCGAGUACUGAGGACAGAGCAGGGGCUGCUGUUGCGGUCCUUGCAGCUCUCGGAUGGGGGCCUCUAUUCCUGCACAGCCACAGAGAACAACUUCAAGCACACGGUGGCCAAAGUGCAGCUGCACGUCCUGAGCAGCGAGACCAUCCAUGCUGUGCUCUUUCAGUCGGAGGCCCCUGCCCCCUCUGCGGCUGCUGUGCGGGCCGGCCUGCCGGGCACCUUCAGCUCUCACUACCAUGACCUGGUACAGCUGCUGACCCAGCCUGAAAUGGGACUCAUCAACCAGUACUGCCAGGGCUACUGGCGGCACGUGGCCUCCAACCAUAAGGAGACUCUAGCUAAUCUAAAGGCUAAAGAGCUGCAUGAUCAGAAGAAACCCCGUAACCGCCGGAAUCACCCACCAGAAGGGGACCAACAGACAUGAAACUGGCAUCCAGAUGGGAAUGUGUAGUGACAAUGCAUAAUUUCCCCUUCCUCCCCAUUUUAAUAUUAAAAUAUCUAUAAAUAAAUAUAUAUAUAUAAAUAUAUAUAUAUUCAUACAUGCAUACACAAAAAGACACACAAGCACACUGACUCCUUUCAAGACAGUAUUUAUUUGUAGGUUGUACAUAAUCUAGGUAAAUCUUAUCUUGCGGUGAGAAGCAAGGAACCUGGAGGCAUCCCAUCGGCAUCAUGCUCUAUUCCUUUCCCCACUUUUUUGGUGGUACUUUCUAAUAAUGGAUUGAUUAAUUGGAGGGGAGGGAAACAAGGGCCAGUUAUUCCCCCACCUCGUUGUCAACUCAAAGCACACAUCUGGCCAAGGCGAAGUUGCUGCUCCCAUGACUCUCAUGUCAAUAUGAGGGCCUUCUUUGUUGAAGGACACAGGACUCAAGGGUGGAAUCCACAGAUCCAGGAUGGUGGAGCAAGGGUCUUCAUACCCGGACAGCCAUGAACAUGGCUAAGACUUCAGAACUGCUGCCAUUCAGAGCACCCCACAUACCUACAAAGACUUUAGCACUUUUGUUCCUCUCACCAUUUUUCUGCCUCAAAGCACAUUCCAGCAGUACAAUGGAAACUGCAUCUCUUAAGGGGCCUAGGCCAUUUAAGGGAGAAUAAUGCAUUCCAUCAAAGAUGUCCACCUAUGGACCUGUGUGGUGCCACCGCAAGAAGAGUAAUCCUACUUUUGAGUAGUCAAGAGAUGGUGUUUUAAUUUUAUAAAUGUUUUUAGACAGUCCAAGUGGGCUUGUGAGAGAUACAAGGGGUACUGUCUGUGGAAGCUGUGGUAUAAAGAUAAUGGAAAUAGGCAACAACCAAAAGAGAGUGUGGGAGGAUUUGUAUAGUUCUUCUCAUAGACACCUGGUUCCUUUGAGCUUGUUUAUCAGACAUAUGCAAGGCCUAUGCCAGGGAGGUGUAAUAAUGUAUAUAUGAACCAAAGUUACUCUCUUGAAGUGCAUGCUUCAGAUACUUCUCAGGCCAAAGACAACUUGGGAGGGAAGGUAGCAGGGAAGAUGAGGUAUCUGUGGAUAGAUAUCAGGAGUCCUGGCUUCUUCUCAGCCAGUCCAUGGAGGCAUGCAUGCCUCUGUUUACCAACCUAGCUAUUUAUUAUAAUUUUAUCUUACUCUGUUCACUGAAGGCCUGAAGAACCAGCCUACUUGCCAAUGGAAUUCAAGCCAAGGAGGAAUGGGGCAGCCGGCUCCAGUGUGCUUGAAUGUUCCUAGAAAGAGUUUUGUGGCAUUAUCUUGAUCACUCCAGAUAGAUGACUUGGGUACAGGAUAGGAUGGCAAGAACAUGCCAAAGCCCCCAAAGAAUGGGCUCUUGUAGACUCAAAAGUGAUAGCUGCCUGCUGUCUUGCCACAAAAAAUAUGAGUCGGUGAGUCUUCAGUGUAUCCCAUGUAAGAGGAAUCCUUACCUUACCAUCACCACUCAGCUAAUGAUAUUUUCAGUGAAGCUGGCAGAUAUAGGUCAGGACUGGCAUCACUGCACAAAGAAGGUGUUUUAAAAAUGUAAGCGUAAGAUGGACUUUUGGGGUUAUGGACAACUGUGCAAUUUGGAAUAGGGACAGCCAUUGUUUGGGGAGUCAUCUAGAGUGGAAAACAGCAACCUGGGGGCAGAGGUUGCUGUUUGCAAAGCCAGGGGACAAUUGGGGGGGGGGGGGGCUCUUGACACAUAUAUAAGCAACAAUAACCUGUGCUGGGUAUAGGAGAAAUUCUCUGAUUCUAAAUUCAGACAUCAAGGAUUCUGGAAAAAAAUGUGGAAAUUAUAAUUAUAAAUUAAGGCACAGUAGAGAGAAAUAAAGAAUAUGGUAACCAACAUUGCCAAAGCCAAACUCAACCCAGGCUUACUCAGCUCCCAAAGCUACAUUGCAUUCCAGGAAAAAGAUGUAAAAUAAUACUAUGCUUCUGGGCAUGUUUAGAGUAACAGUGCUCAGGACUCAAUAAGAUGUCUCUUAGGUCAAAGGUCCCCCAUUUUUUUUAAGGUUUCUUCCUUCAUAGGUAAUGCUUUUUUACCAUAGGGUUUUCUGUAGCAAAGAUUUUGCUUUGGUUUUCUUAGUUUUAUUGUGUCUCAGAAUUAUCCUUUGGGUUGAUUUCUUUUGGCUGACAUGACUUUUAUGUUCCAUAUUCCAAGACAAAUUAAGGUCAGCUUCUCAGUUUGGAUUAAUCUGGAAGGUUUCUGCCUGCCUGCAAAGUUACACUGAACUACAUCUGCCGAAUCUCUGUACUUUGAUUCCCUCUAGCAGUGACCUUAUGCACUGAUGCAAGGAAAAUGCCUGCUUUGCCACAAACGGGGGUCCCUUUCGCAUUGUGCUACUUCUAAGAAGCUGUGGGAAAGCAGCACAAAUCUAAGAGUGCAAGUAGUGUGCAUAUAUUGGAAAAGACUAAUCCUAGAGGUAUCACAUUACUAAUAAUGUGUAAACUGGAUGAGCUGGGAUGGAAGCUGGGCUGUGUCUUGGACUUUUUUGCUUCUGUCUGCACAGCAAGGGGCAGUCUCCACAGUUGAACUGAAGGCUGUCCUACAUGCCCUUUGGUCUGUGGGGCUGUUCUGCCUACUGUUAACAAGAAAAGGGCUCACCUUUCAUGUUUAGAGGCCCUGGGCCCACCACAUUCACCCUCCCUGUUCCCUUCCCCUUGCCAGUCUGAGUGAUGCACCUAGACUUUCCAUUGUAAAUAGCUGUAAAUCAAUAAUGUAACAAAAAACGGGGAUCCAAAGCAUCUUGAUAAGGAGCUCCUUGUGAUGAAUUCAAGUGCAGGGCCACUUUGUGCCUGUAAUGUGAAAUUCCUGUGGAUAGAAUAAGCUAAUAAACACUGGCUUUUUUUGAAGA